AUGACCUAUAUUGCUGAAGGUGAAGAUAAAAAAGCAUUUGAUAAUGAACCUCACUCAUCCAUAGACGAGAUUCAUUCAAGAGCAGCUGUAAAGUUGAAGGUUGCUCUGGCUGAAGCCGAGGAAGAAGAAUUGGGAAACUUACGAUCUAAACAUCAAGAUGUCUCGGAUUCGACAUCUUUUUAUUCUGAUAAUAUUCUUGUCGUGAACGUGGUGGCCUACAGUAAAUGGAAAGACACUGAAAUAUCUGACGUUGAAGAUGAUACACAUCCUUAUAUCGACACGUCAUCAUUUCGAUGGAGACAUCAGGCACGAAUAGCACGCAUGGAAGAGCAAAGACGAUGCAAGAAAGAAACUGAAAAAGAACAUAUUGUGAAAUAUGAAAAGUUCGUAAAGAAUUCUGAAAUGCUACGACGGUAUAAUGACAGCAAGCGUUUCCUGACGCGUCAACCAGAACAUGAAAGUGAACAUACAGCAAAUUAUUUGGUUAUUUGGUGCAUACAUUUGGAGAUGGAGGAGAAACAUGACCUAAUGGAUCAUGUGUCUCACCUAAGUAUUUGUAUUCAGUACAUACAGGAACGGCACAAAAAGUCUGUCUUUUUUCUUCAUAUGUAUUACCUACAAAGGCAGACAAUGUUCAAGAUAUUAAAAUCAGAACUUAAAAAAAUACUGAAACAAAAUAAAAUUAAAAGUGGGGAAGUGCCAGACUACAAAUCUAAAUGCGGACGAAACUCUCUUCUAAUAUUUUAUCCUUUCGAAACAGUUCGUGUGAUUGAAGUUACACUCCCAGCAAAUGGUAGAAACGCAAACGAUCUACAUUCGCUUUCCACCCAUUGGUUUUCUGUAAACACUCAUCACUUUUACCUAAGAAGUCUGCGGUGGCGCAGCACUGCCUAA